GAGUGUGCACGACCUGCAUACGUUUGGGUAGAGCUAUUGCCGCCGGAGGAAGUAUUUGAUUUACUUUCUCACCAAAGGACUUUGCAUACAGAUUUUUCGUAUUGAUCCGAACAUCUUGAUGUUGGCUAAAUUCUAAAUAGCGCACCAAGAACGCAAGACAUACACACACAACGCUGGACUCAGGACUCCCUGCUGAGGUGGUUUGUCAUCCUACAGCGAAGCGCCUCCGCAAGGGAGAAUGGGCUGGGUCGCCUAGGCGUCUUUUAUGGGCGCAUUUCAUUGACAAUAUGAGAAAUCGCUGAAGGCGAUAGUAGAGACAAGCGACACCCGAGUAUACCGAGCCCCGCAUCUCAGAGCAGGAUACGGGAGAUAGGUGAGGGCAUCCCAUAGGCAGUAGGUGGAGGGGAUCUUACUCUCAAGCCAGCCCAGAAGCUUGGAUCCUCGGGGUGUACCAGAGCUGCCCGACGCCGGAUACCGAGUUGGCCGCAGACCCCUCAUUUCCCCUUCAAUAGACCGAAGUUUUGCGCCUCCAAACGGAUUAUAGGAACGGUUUCUGCGGAGAGAGAGAAACGGGAGACAAUGGGCAUCCACACGCUCCUUAUUGUAUGUGCGCUGCUUGGCGUGAGCGUGGCCCAAAGGGUAGUGACCGUUCAGAGCGGACCACUUGUACGGACGGAGGGCAGUCACGUGACCAUCUGGUGCAACGUGACUGGUUACAAGGAGGGCGUGGAGCAGGACUUUGAGUGGUCCAUGUACCUGACCUCGGUGCCCGACCGCGAGAUCCGCAUCGUGAGCACGGCCCAGUCCAACUAUGCGUACGCGGUGUACGCCCAGAGGGUCAACAGUAAGGAGAUCUGGGUAGAGAGGCUGACCAGGGACUCAGCCCUGCUCCACAUCACCAAGGUCCAGGCCAGAGACCAGGGGCUGUUUGAGUGUUACACCCCCAACACAGACGGACAGUACCUCGGCUCCUACAGCGCCCGUACCAACCUCACUGUUGAUGCCCGCUACAAGACCAUGGUGCUUGCCUACGGAGCUGAUUCCAGGCUCUGA